CUGAAUGGGUCCCGGCGCCGGCGACUGUCUCUCAUCUUUUAGCGCUUGACGCUCGGGCACCGUUUGGCCGCCGGUCUCGUCAGCCUCUGGGCCGCUAGGUUCAUGUGGAGACUCCUAAGCGCCCGCGCCGCGCUUCGUGGGGUCUGGAGGGCGGAGGAGCGGCGCGGCCGGGCCGAGUCAGUGACUGAGGCAGCAGCAGGAGCUAUGGAGCGCGCGGUAGUGCGCUGUGUGCCCUCGGAGCCCAAGCUAAGUUUGUCGUUCGCGCUGGCCGACGGCAGCCACAAGAAUAUGCAGCGCGACCAGAGCGAGCCACUGGGUCGGGUCCUUAGCCGGAUCGCCACCAACGCCCUCAAGGGCCAAGCCAAGGUCAUCGCUGCCAAGAAGAGCAGGAAGAACCGGCCGAACGCGAGCGGCGGCGCGGCCUGUGCAGGGCCUGGGGCCGAGCCGGCAGCGCCCUGCGAACCCGUGGUGAAGCUGUACUACCGAGAGGAGCCGGUGGCUGAGGACGUGCUCAACGUGGAUGCCUGGCAGGACGGCGCGGUGCUGCAGAUCGGCGACGUCAAGUACAAGGUGGAGCGCAACCCACCCGCCUUCACCGAGUUGCGGUUGCCACGCUACAUUAUGGCCGGCUUCCCCGUGUGCCCCAAGCUCAGCCUCGAAUUUGGGGAUCCCGCCAGCUCCCUCUUCCGCUGGUACAGGGAAGCCAAGCCCGGAGCCACCGAGCCUGAGGGCGAGGGCCCCUCGUCGUUGUCUCCCUCGUCGGCCUCCCCUAGGUGGACAGAGACGGGUGUGAACGAGCGCGUCUACACCCCGUCCAAUGCCGACAUCGGGUUGCGGCUCAAGCUUCGUUGCACCCCAGGCAACGGUCAGCGCUUCGGGCCCAGCCGGGAGCUGGAAAGCGUGUGUCCCGUGGAGGCUGGGCCCGGCACCUGCACCUUUGACCACCGGCAUCUCUACACCAAGAAGGUGACGGACGGCUCUCUCAUCCGGACGGUCUCCUACAACCUCCUGGCCGACACGUACGCCCAGACUGAAUUCUCGCGGACGGUCCUGUACCCCUACUGUGCCCCCUACGCCCUGGAGCUCGACUACCGCCAGAACCUUAUCCAGAAGGAGCUCACGGGCUAUAACGCCGACCUCAUCUGUUUGCAGGAGGUGGACCGCGCAGUGUUUACAGACAGCUUGGUGCCCGCCCUCGAGGCCUUUGGCCUGGAGGGCGCCUUUCGAGUCAAGCAGCACGAAGGUCUGGCCACCUUCUACCGAAAGUCCAAGUUCAGCCUCCUUAGUCAACAUGACAUUUCUUUCCACGAAGCCUUGCAGUCCGACCCACUUCACAAAGAACUGCUAGAGAAACUAGCUUUAUACCCAGCAGCACAGGAAAGGGUGUUCCAGAGAUCUUCUGUCCUUCAGGUUUUAGUUCUUCAGUCUACAAAGGACUCUUCUAAAAAGAUUUGUGUUGCUAAUACCCAUCUCUACUGGCAUCCAAAAGGUGGGUACAUUCGUCUCAUCCAAAUCGCAGUAGCCUUGGCUCAUAUUAGACAUGUCUCGUGGGAUGUCUAUCCUGGCAUACCAGUUAUAUUUUGUGGGGACUUCAACAGUACACCAUCGACAGGAAUGUAUCAUUUUGUCAUCAAUGGCAACAUUCCAGAGGAACAUGAAGACUGGGCUUCCAAUGGGGAGGAGGAAAGAUGCAACAUGUCUCUGACCCACUUCUUCAAACUGAGAAGUGCUUGUGGUGAACCUGCUUACACAAAUUACGUUGGUGGCUUUCAUGGAUGUCUGGAUUAUAUUUUCAUUGACUUAAAUGCUCUAGAGGUUGAACAGGUGAUUCCAUUGCCUAGUCAUGAGGAAGUUACCACCCACCAGGCCUUACCUAGUGUUUCGCAUCCCUCUGAUCACAUAGCACUUGUAUCUGAUUUAAAAUGGAAAUAGAUUUGUGUUUAAUGGAACUUGUUUUAAGUCCGAAAAGGAAGUUGUUUAGUUUAGUGGGAGAAUUUAAUAUGAAUCAGAGCUUAUAUGUCACCUCCAAAG